AUGCAGAUUCGCGUUCCAAGAGGCUUGAACAGUGCCAUCGACAUCGUCGAUAGGGCCACUUCAAUGAGUCACAUUGAAAGCCACACGCGUGGGGCUCUUGUUUCCAUCGACUUGAACUGCCCUGCAGACCUAUUCUAUGGCCGCAAGCAGCUUAUUGCCAAGUUCAGCCUAACAUUCACAACGAAGAUUGUGGAUGGAUUUCACAAAUCAGUUGCUAUCCAAGACGCAAAGGUCGGCUACUUUGAAGAUGACCAUAACAUUGGAAAGAUGGUCGAUAGCCCCCAAAGACCUGUUCCGCAGAUCGUAGGGCAACCGGAAACCACAUUCAGGCAGGGAACAAUUGAGAUCGAAAUGCAACAACCCGAAGAUUCAAGCAACAUCAGAAUUGUGGUUCUUCUGGAAGCGUAUCCAUCGAACAUGGAAGUGACUGCCUCUUUGUCUACCGCCGAUGGAAUCAGCCGACCUAGUCACGCAUUCAUGAGUGCUUCCAAUCUUGAUGUAGCACCAUCUCCAGAUGAACAACGACUCCAGAGGCUUUUAUGCUGGACUGCCGCCCUCGGUCAUGAUACGUUAUUUGAGGCAUAUCUCGACCAAGGACCUUCCAUCCUGAAUAUCGAAGACGAGUUUGGCAUGACGCCAUUCUCGUGGGCCGCAUUGACGGGCCAGGCUUCAGUGGUUCAACUCGCCCUGCAACAAGCUGGUAGCGAUAGUGCCAGGAAAAGAACGAAAAAGGGCUUCUCACCCCUUGAGGCCGCUGCCAGAAGUAGAGAUCCGAACAUAUUCGAGACGUUCCUGAGAUCUCUCAAAUGCAUCAAGGGGGCAGAUAGCGUGAUUCCUGAACUCUUGCCUCUUCUUGAACUUGAGGAGAUUGAAGAAGAGCUCACCGAAGCGGUCAGUGGUGAGCAGACAGCGACUAUUCGAAAGUUGGUCGACAAACUCCUCAGUAUUCAGCCUGAUGAGGCCUCGAAACAAAACUGGCUGGCCCUCAGGAUGGUGAAGGCAGCGGAGAGUGGAGUCCUCUGCCUUGUUCAGGUUUUGAAGGCAUGCGGUGCAAAAGUCGACGGGACUCCCCACGGGGCGGCCAAUACGCAGACUUUUCGUCGCAACAGACGGAGGAACACGCCACUUAUGAGCGCAAUCUUGAACAACAGGACAAAAGUUGCCAAAUUUCUCAUUCUGCAUGGCGCUGGUAGCCAGGAUGACUUACUAGCUGCCGUUGAGGAGAAUCAGCACAGUACGAUUCGAGCGCUAUUACAGGCUGGAAUACCAGUGACAGAAGAGUUCAGGAACAGAUUGAUCGAGAUUGCAAACAACAAUAAAGACUCAACAACUCUGAUGCUGCUCAAAUUGGAAAAGGGCACCGGAAAACUGGCGACUCACGAACAUUUGCAUCCAGAGGUCGAUGUCCUAUUCGAAGCUACAGUCGUUGAUUUCUACGAAGACAAGGAUCCGAGAUUUCAAGAGCUUACAGUAGACGCGUUGAUGCGAGAGGACGUUGACUUUUUUACACCAAGCGGAGAGACGAUCUUCAAAUGGUUUCAUCUGCCAGCAAAUAAUGUACUUGGACAAAAGGCCUUGAUUGGCAAGAUCUACCAGAAAACCCCUUCAUCAGCAUACAAGGUUUUGGAUCCGAAGAGAUGGGCAAAGAGACAGCAUGAAGGAGAGCGUGGCUCUGCACAUGCACGCUUCAUGAUCCCAGCGUGCCACGACUUCUCGGAGGCAUUCAAGCACAAGAAGAAGUUCGGAAAUGAUAACAAGCACAAACACGUGCUCCUCUUCAUGCCUUAUCUUCAUUGGGACGAGGAGCGAGCAAUGCGACAUCGAACUAGCCUGAUUACCCAGAAUUCGCCAUUCAAGCAGUGGCCUGAAAUACCACCGGAUCAGCAGAAAUUCAAAAGAGAGGAAUUACUUUUGAGGAGGUAUCUAUUCGACGAAAGACGAGCUGAUCCGAAUUCGAGCCACGUUCUGCAUAUCCGAAGGACCUUGGAUCAGUCCCUAUACCACAACUUGAAAGACACCAAAAUCCGGGAUUCAGAUCAGACUGUUCGCCGAUACCAAGAAGAACUGAAAAGGAAUAGUCCGGCACAAGAGAAAACUCCAUUCGCAGCCAUCAUGGUAGACCAACUCUGGCUAUGGAUUCUGGUUGGUUCGUCGGGAAAGGCCGAAGCCGUCGUUACAUGUUUUCCCUCCAGAGAUUGGCACGACGUUGGGAUGGAAACGACAGGAUCGUCCCAGAACGAACGGAUACUGGACCGAAGACGUACCACCGAUAUCUUGCAAAUCACCAAGUCGUACAUCCAGCAGAGGCCCAGUGCGGUACAAACACCAUAUGACCUUGCGGGGGUGAUUGCUAGCAGGUGUUCAAGAGCGCUUCUUGACCACUCGUCGGAUAUGCUUAAUUUUGCAGAAGUCUACGAGAAUUCUAUCAGCUCUAUCAUGGAUGAAGAGGCUGUGCUCUUCAACACGUUCAAUAGCUUGAUGCAGACUCGCACCAAGGAUGAUUUGGUCAGGCUUGAAGCGCUGCGGAAGCACAUGCGCGAAAAGCAAGAGAAAAAUAACAAUGAUGGUGGCGGCACAAGUCACAAUGAACCUCUACAUCGCCUAGCAGAACACAUCUCUGAUGAAAGACAGCGAUCCAUUCUUCACGAUACGGAACAGCAUUGCAAAGAGUAUCGCAUGUACACUCUCGACAGGGACAUUCCCGACGAAUAUGACAUGAAGCUGCUGCGAAGGUCGACUGGCGAAGCCAAAAUAGAGCGCCUUGUGGCCUUGCUUGAGAAGUUCCGACGAUUCUAUGUGCUCGAUAUAACACGAGAAAUAACCCUCCUUCGGCAAAUCAAGGAUAUUCAAGACGAGCUGGAAAUGAUGGAAAAGAUUUUUGCAGAACAACAAGAGGCUCUCGAAUCUAUGGGCCGCAUCAUCCGUACUAUGACCCAGCAUCAUCUGGGAUCUAAUGGCGAAACGCAGGCCAGAAGUUCGGACAGAACGUUCAGCCAUCAUAAGGUCUCAAGUGGCAGUGGCACUGAAAGACACCGGACGGAAGGUCGUCAGGAUCUGCUCUCAGACCUUAUGCACGAUGAUUCUGACAGCGACGUUGAUGACAUACUUGGGGAUGAUUAUCUACCGGGGACAAACGUCCGAGAGUCUUCCGGUACAGGAGCCCAGAGCCGAAAAAGUAGCUCGAUAAACGAAGUCCCGAGCAUGAUUUGGGGGGAUUUACGAGAGAGACAGAGCCUCCCGCUGCGAACUAUAGCCCGGCACUCCAAACAGAUCAAGAAAAUGAACGAGCGCGCGAGGAAUACCAAUACAGCGAGAUCAAGGCUGACACGAAACCUUAUACAGCUGAGCACACUGGUUGAUUUGAAGCAAAAACAAAACAACAUGAUCGACACUCGAACUGCCCGUCUCCAGGCCGAGCAAUCGCACCUGAUGACGCUUCAAGCCGAGAAAUCGGGUAGAACGCUGAUGGUUUUCACCAUCGUUACCAUUGUCUUUCUACCCUUGUCUUUCAUUGCCGCGUUCUUCGCCAUUCCAGCCAAGGAAUUCGACAAGAACAACUUGACGCUGGGCUAUGUGUCGAAAAUUACAUGUGAGCUACAUUGA